AUGUUUUGUUUCAGGUUUGAAGGAGUGGACUACGUGGGCUGCGACUUGCUGCGGGUGGAAGACUCGAGUGUGUCUUCUGCUGCUGCUUGUCAGCAGCUGUGCAGCACUUUUGCUGCUUGUGCUUUUUUUUCUUUCAAAAAGUCCACAAAAGGAUGUUAUUUGAAGUCUGCUGCUGCUCCUUUUGGAGAAGCAGCAGACCCGGAUGUCAUCUCCGGGCCCCGCAGCUGCAGCAGCAGCAGCAGCAGCAGCAGCAGCAGCGGCGGCGGCGGCGGCGCUGCAGCAGCAGACGCGGACGCAGCAGCAGCAGCAGCAGCAGCAGCAGCAGCAGCAGCAGCAGGGGAGGAGGAGCUUCCUGCUGCUGCAUGCGUCGACAGCAGCACGGAGUACCGGGGCUUCGACUUGGAGACGAAGACCAACGUGGUGUCUGCUGCUUUCUGCCAGCAGCUCUGCAGCAGCAGCAGCAGCAGCAGCAGCAGCAGCAGCAGCAGCAACUGUCUCUUCUGGACUCAUGACAAAAACAAAAACCUUUGCCACUUGAAGGGCGAAGGAGCUGACAGACACAAAGUCAGCAGCAAAGCAACUCUCGGCAUGGUCUCCGCAGCCAGAGACUGCAUCCCCAUCAACCCAGGGUGCCACGUGCUGCACAGCAGCUACUUGGGGACAGUGACGCGGCAGCUGCGGCAAGUGGCGACCUUCGAAGCUUGUCAGCAAAACUGCCAGCUGGACUCUUCUUGCUUCUUCUUCAACUGGAGCAGCAGCAGCAAACUUUGCCAACUUCGUGCUGCUGCUCCUUCUGGCCUCGUCACUGACCACUCUACCCAGGGCCUCGUCGCGGGCCCCAAGUACUGCCCCAACGACGGUCAGCAGCAGCAGCAGCAGCAGCAGCAGCAGCAGCAGCAGCAGCAGGAGUGGUAG